AUGUCGUCAUUUACCCUCCAGGGCAGCGCUUAUAUUACCGGCGCCGGGUCAGGUAUCGGCCGGGCCGUGGCACAUGCUUUCGUUAAGAACGGAGUCUCGCAAAUCGCCCUUGGGGACAUCAACGAGCAAACUGCACAGGAAACAGCCGACCAGUUAAAAUCCAUCAACAAAGAUGUCAAUGCGAUAGCCAUCCAAGUAGAUGUUGCCAAUGAAGACUCGGUUAAAGCUUCCAUUGAGACCGCUACUGCUGCCUUUGGCCGAAUUGAUUUUGCGGUCAACAAUGCUGGUAUAAAUGGUCCAUUGGGCCUUGCUUCGGAUGUGUCUUUUGAAGAUUGGAAGAAAACGAUUGAUAUCAACUUGAGUGGAGUCUGGUUGUGUCAGAGAGCCGAAAUCACGCAGAUGCUGCUUCAGGAGCCUGUUUCGACUCGUCAAUAUCGUGGAGCGAUUGUGAACGUCUCAUCGAUGUUGGGAAUAAACGGUAUUUGGAGUGAGACUCCACCGACAGCCUAUUCAGCUUGUAAGCACGGCAUCGUGGGCUUGACAAAAACGGACGCCAACACGGUUGCCUCCAAAGGCAUUCGUAUCAACGCUAUCUGCCCAGGCUUUGUUAGUACGCCCAUUCUCAAGCUUGCCUUGGAUAUGGGCUACAUGGAUGAACAGAUUGCGGCAACGCCGAUGAAGAGGGUUGCAACUCCCGAGGAAGUUGCUGAUGGUAUCGUCUUUCUGGUUUCCCCGGCUAGUAGCUUUAUGACUGGUUCCGCUCUCGUAAUGGAUGGGUGA